GCCAGCUCUGCCUGAGCUCAUACUGAAGUCCUACAUCAUAGGUCUAUAUCCCCAACUACACGGCUAUGAAAAGGGUACUGGCAGUAAAAACUCAAGGAUACAGUUGGACCCAGGGGAGGAAAUGACACCAGAAAAGUCAGGCACAAACAAUCCGCCGCUGUGCACAGAACUUCGGCCCAAAGUUGCUGUUUGACAGCUGGAGUCUUGCUGCUGACAAUCUGCUCAAGCGGCACAACCAGAAGUCCCAAUGGAUCCGUCACUCCUUUGCACGGAUGACCAAACCCAGUCACUGGCACCUCUCACAGACAGUCAGACAGGGGAUUUAGACGCUCUUUCUCUUUUACACAGUCCUACAGAAAACAUACUGUCUGCAUACGAGACAGGAACAGAGACUGUGCCAGAUCUCUCAGACUCUACAGACAAAUCCACAGAGGCUUUAUCAAAUGUUUCCAAAUUCCUCUCUCAGGACAAAAGCACUGACUCAGACUGUUUAAAGCUUUCGUCAUCCAGCUAUAAAAUGGCAGAGUGUUUGUCACUUUGCUCAGAGCCUGUGCCAAAGGAUAAUGAUCUCAGGGUUCGUGCCUAUUUUGGCUCAUCAGAACCUAUAUUACCUCUUUUACCUCAUCUCUCACGUGAAGCUUUCUCAGAGUCUUAUAUCAAACAAGAGCCAUCCCUCUCCUUUGCUCACAUUCAAGACAAUACUACGCCAGAACCUUCUGGGACCAUGUCAUCUAUUUCUGAGGGUUUGAUGAAGCUGUCUUCCACUGAGCCUCUCUCCAGGCUCAGCUUCAGAUCUGAACACAAUCCAGCCACUUAUCUAUUAAGGUCGUUAUCACCUGACUCAGAUAGUUUAGAGAGUGAUACUGCUGUGGCACCUGUGUCAGACCUUUAUAUCUUUGAGACUGAGACACAGGACUUUAUCCUGAGCCCUAAUGUAGAUCCCCCUGAGAUUAAAAGUCCUGAAUGCCAGCCAUCGUCACAUACUGAAGGAAAAAAGACACAUCAUGACUGUGAGACACAUGUCCCGAUGUGUGAUUCAGCAGACGUGCUGACAAAAUGUCAUUACAAUUCUACUGAGGAACAAGCUUUGGUGGACUAUGAGUCAGACGUGGGCCAACAUAUAGGACUAAGGCCACCUGCUGUGGAUGCCUGUGAGGCGAGCUUGAUGCCAGUAAAUGAUGCGGGACAAGAGAAAGCAGAAAUCACUGGUUUAACCCCCCAAGCACGACAGAGCGAUAGCCCUGUCGAGCUGUGGCUGGAUGCAUGCCAGUAUCUUGCAGGUGAGGAUACAGAAGAUAGGGAUAUUUUGGGUGAGACUAGUCUUUGUGUGAUGCAAGGAGGACUCUCAGCCACCAGUGAUUUAUCUUUUCUCUCAGGAGAGACACAAGGGUCAGGUUACAACCCUGAAGGUAGCGAGGGGAUUGGCUGGUCCUGCGAAGACACCAGGGGCUGGGGGCCACCGGUUGAGAGGUGGUCAUCAGUAGACAGCUGGGCAAGCGCACUCUCAGACUGGACUGGGAUCAUCACAGCUCCACCGGAGGACAUCACUGCUGCCUUCACGGAGAUAGGUGCUGAGAUAGAUGCUUUGACAAAGGCACUAGCAGAGGUAAAUACCAACACAGACACAGAGACCUCUAAAGAAGGACAGAGUCAGGAGACAGUGGUACAGGUGCAAUCGCAGCCACCCAUGGGUGUCCAGGGUCAGCCUCUGGAGGCACAAAAUAUCCCAGAGAGCUCUGUCAUCUCUGGGCAGAGUUGCCUCUCUUUGGGCCUCGAAGUUGGAGGAACUGAGAUCCAAGACAGAGAGGGCUCCCAAAGUUUUGAAUCUUUGUGUGAUUCAACGCUUACCACACAAGAAGAAAAGGAGCUGGAAGAGACCCAGAUGGGCCAGGCUGAGUCCUUCAUAUGCCCCAUUCACCCGCACUCAUCCAUGGGUGCUAUGGUGGCCUCUCCUGGAGCAUACGGUGCAGAUGUGACUGGAGUUACACUGAUCCCUGGAUCUACUUCCUGUGCUGAUGUGAACCUUUCUGAGUUUGGUGGAUAUGUCGAGUCCCUGGAGACAGACAUUUUCAGCUGCAAUGAAGAUCCAAUCAUACUGAAUAUAGUAGAGGAUACAGAUUUGGAGGAAGAGAAUGCACCUGCAGAGCUAAUGACUGGGGAGCCCUCUGGAGAUGGACUGUGUGAAGUGACAGAUGAACACAGUAUCUCCCAGUCGGGCUCGGUGGCUGAGCAGGAAGCUAAAAUUUGCUGUGGGCUUACCAAGUUCGAUGGUGAAGGGACCGACUCUUCAGCAGAUCCUCAUUUCCUCACCACGCACACUCUGACAGACUCACACGUGCCAGGUGUGGACACACAACCUGGCCUGCAUGUCAAGGUUCACACACACGUGUCGCCUGACACUUUACCAGACCUUGACGGAGCAUGUCAGGUGGAGCCACAGUGGGGGAGUCCUAAGUUUAUUAUGCCCUUAGCUCCCCUCAGUAUCGGCUCCUCCCUGGUCUGUCAGACAAGCAGCGGCUUGGAAGGAGAUCAAAUUUGUGCCAAAAGGUCUUUCAAUGACAACAGAGACCUCAGUUGUGAUCACGUACAGCCCUGCGUUCUCUGGCCAACCUCGGAUGGGAUUACUGACAAGCCAUUCCUGGAAGGUGAUGAGGAGCUGAAUCAUAAAAAGGACAAUACAGUAAACUCUGAUGAGAAAUCUUCACCAGAAGGACAACUGGACUUUCACACCGGCAACACUUCUGAGUGUUUCUUCCAUGAAAGAAAAACAAUAAUUGAGGAGAUUAAUGACCUCAGUAGAGAACUAUCAAACUUGGCUCAUGUCCCUGCAGAUCAUUUCUUCAUCUCAGAGAAGAACCGUGUCGCAUUCAUCACUUUAGAAUUAAAUGACCCAUUUGUCUCCAGGCCUGCAAAACCAAUCGCCUCAGCUGUCCCAUCUGAGAAGGCUGAACUGAACCAGAGAACAGCCGAAAAGAUGCCUCACAAAACUCACAAGAGCUCUGAGGGCAAAACGCGCUCCAAGAAGGACAAAUCAGCUGGUCAUCACCAUGGUGCACAAGCUUCCAAGAAGCAGGAGAUUUUAUCUCAUCAUGUUUCAGCCCAGCAGACCUGCAAAGAGCAAGAAAUCCAUCCUCUUACUGGAGAAAAUCAUAUCAGUGAGAACACUCCAGCUGGAUUUGAGGACAGUCAAGCUAAAUUGGGGGUUGAGACCAGUGUGUCAGCUGAGAGGGCUCCAGGCAAACCACACGGAAAAAAGAAAAAGAAACACGGUCAGAAUGCAACAGCACUGAAGAGCGUAGGGGAGCCUCUGGUUGAAGUAGAGAAUGGAGCGAAACAAAAGACAGCAAAAGGAAGAAUUGAUAUGUUCGAGGCCAAGUUCGGUGCCAAAGCUGAGACGACUCAGAAGGACAGUGAUCGGUCAGGUGGUGCUGAGAAAAAGUCCCAGCAACUGGAGGCUAAAACUUCUGAAGGAAAACAGCCUGCACAUCAUGCAGAGCAUAAAGACCACCAGCCAAAAAACCUCACAGGUCCUCUGAGCGAUGAUGUUAUUAAAAGACGACGCCUGUCAGAGGAUAAGUUUGGGAAGAUUGUCAGUGUUCUGGAGUCUAAAUUACCAAAGACAGAUGUUUCUGUCAAGGUGAAGGCAGAGGAGCCCAAGGCUGAAGCUGAGGCAACUCGUAAAAAGGCGUACAGUGAAGUGGUCAAACAGAAAAUCCCACCUAAGGGAGACCUCAAGGUGGUGCAGCCUAUCCAGGCAGCAUCAGUGAGCGGGGACCCCCAGAGUCUGUGCCUGUGGUGUCAGUUUGCAGCCGUCUUCUCCGACUACACCGUCACCUGGAGCAGAGAGGGCGGUGUCCUCGCUGAGAUCAAGAGAAGUGCAGGGGAUGAGAGCAGAGUGUCGCUCACCAUCUCCAAUGCUUCUCACAAAGACUUGGGCAAGUACCAGUGUCGGCUCAGCAGCUUACAUGGAUCAGUUACCCUGGACUACUUGCUAACAUAUGAAGUGCUCAGUGAGAUUGUCAUUCCUCCAUCUCCAAAGACCAUCCCAUCUGCUCCCAUAGAGGUGGAGAGUGAGGAAGAGGACGUCCACUGUUCCAGGCUGAUGUUCAAAGACGAUUUUCUAUCUGACCAAUACUUUGGAGACAAGCAUCCCGUCAGCAUCAUCACUGAAAAGGUCCACUUUGGGGAGGGGAUGCACCGGCGGGCUUUCCGGACCAAGCUGCACGCCGGUCAGAUGCCCCUUCUACUGCCAGGACACUCCUGUGUGCUCAAAGUUCACAACGCCAUCAGCUACGGGACCAGGAACAAUGACGAGCUCGUUCAGAAGAACUUUACCUUGGCUGUGGAGGAGUGUCAGGUCCAGAACACAGCGAGAGAGUACAUCAAGGCGUACACUGCUGCAGCUCAGUCUACUGAAGCCUUCGGAGAUGUCCCAGAGAUCAUUCCCAUCUACCUGGUUCACCGUCCAUCAAACAACAUCCCCUACGCUACACUGGAGGAGGAGCUGAUUGGUGACUUUGUCAAGUAUUCGGUCAAGGACGGCAAAGAGAUCAACCUGCUGAGACGUGACUCUGAGGCCGGACAGAAAUGUUGUGCUUUCCAGCACUGGGUCUACCACAACACUGAGGGCAACCUGCUGGUCACAGACAUGCAAGGAGUGGGAAUGAGGCUCACUGAUGUGGGAAUAGCCACCUGUAAGAAAGGAUAUAAGGGCUUCAAAGGAAACUGUGCCACCUCCUUCAUUGACCAGUUCAAGGCCUUGCACCAGUGCAAUAGAUACUGUGAGAUCCUGGGCCUCAAAUCCAUGCAGCCUAAAGCCAAAAAACCUUUGUCUGGUCCAAAACCCAAACCCCAACCUUCUGCUGCACCGAAGAAAAAAACCUUUGGGCCAACAGUGAAGGGAAAGUCAUAACAAGAGGGGAAAUUCUUGGACUAAGAAUGAGACUCUUAAUUGAACAGUGAGAUUAAGCUGAUUUGAGUAUCUUCUCUGACCUGGACCUCGUCAUGCAGAGUCUGACCCAACAAAACGUGUCAAACAUGAACUGCCGCAGGCCAGACGACGGGGACAAAUGUAUUUGACCCUGAUAGUUACGCAGUCAGCGCCUGUGGUUUCAUAAGAGAGCUUGCAUCAUCUCAUGUUGAACAUUUGAGACGUAUAUUUUUAUUUUAAUGAAGAUUUCACCAGAGAGUGUGUCAGUAUGUGAGUUUGUGUGAUGUAUUUUAUAAUCUACGGGAAGAAACUUUAUUUCACGAGUUUUGGCGAAGCUGUGACAGAUUUAACGAACACUUGAAAAAGAUAGGAUAUGAUGUAGUUUGUCUACAGUGAUGAACUGUGAUGUCUUAGACAGCUUUAUGAACGACCUGUGAUGAUUUUUCUUUACAGAUCACUGCUGACCUUUUCUUGUUUUUCUACUUCGGUGAUGUUUUCAAACUGUUAGUUCAUUAAAUUAAUGAACUUGUUAAUUAAUUGCUUGGAGGAAAUGUCUUUGAAGUAGGUUGUAUGUUAAAAUACACACAGUACAAAUGUAAUUUGCGGUUGAGUUACAGAGUAUGAGUGGAUCAUUUAUGUGUUUGGUUUGAGAGGUGACAAAUGUAAUUGAUGAACGAAUAUUCAGUGUAAUAUCACAUUAUUAUCAUAUUUAGUAACUGAUUCACGGUGAGCUCAUGUUUAUUUUCUGGAAACAACAAAAAGAGAUUUUGUACACAAAAAGCUCACGUAAACUAUAUCUUUGAAUGUACUCACUGAAACUGGUUUAUUCAUUUGUCAUUUUAUUAUCUGAUGGAAUUUGUUAGUUAGAUUGAUUUCAAAUUCCUGGCAUCAUUUCAAGGAGCUAUACUGCGCUGGUUUUCCUCAAACUAAGUGAAAGUCAUGUCAAACUGAAACCAAUAAUCACACCAUGCUAACCUGAGCCAAAGCCAGAUUUACUUACCUACACAGUCCGUAUGAUCUCAGUAGUGUCAGUCAACACAAGUCCUCAACUGUCGCUGUAUGAUAAGCUUCCUACUCUCACUGUUGCCUUUGAAAUCCCUGACCCACAUUGCUGGCAUGGCUCUCAGGUUGGGGCUGCAGCCGGUGUGUAAGCAAACUUUAGAUCUUUGUUAUUAAAGAGAUGUUGCUGGUUGAAAAUGUUUUCUGAUUUCAUUUCACAUUUUUCUGUAACA